AUGGCAGAAGCUAAUAUUUCUGUAAGCCGGGAACAUUUCAGCUGUCCAGUCUGUCUAGAUCUACUGAACGAUCCAGUGACCAUCCCCUGUGGACACAGUUAUUGUAUGAACUGUAUUACACGCCACUGGGAUGAAAAUGCUCUCGGGAGAGUUUACAGCUGUCCUCAGUGCAGACAGAUCUUUACUCCGAGACCAGUUUUAGCGAAGAAUGUGAUGGUUGCUGAAAUGGUGGAGACACUGAGGAGGACAGGACCCCAGGCUGCUCCCCAGACUGCUCAUGUUUCACACUGUGACGCUGGACCUGGAGAUGUGGAGUGUGAUGUCUGUACUGGCAGAAAAUACAAAGCCAUCAAAUCCUGUCUGGUGUGUCUGAACUCUUUCUGUCCAAUUCACUUUCAACAACAUGAGAAUCUCUUUGAAGACGGGAGACACUAUUUUAUAGAUGCCACUGAUCAACUCCAGGAGAUGAUCUGUCCAAUUCACAAUGAGCUUUUGGAGAUUUUUUGUCAUACUGACCAGAUGAGUAUUUGUAUGCUAUGUAUGAUGGAUAUCCACAAAAACCAUGACGUGUCACCAGGAGCAGAGAGAAUGAAUCAGAGUUCUUCAUCUCUAUCUGUUCCUCAUGAACAUGCUAACCCUUUCAGCUUUGAUGCCAGAACUCAUCCUUCUAAUUAUAUGAGAAAAUCUUUCUCUAAAAAACUAAAGAAAAAAAUGGAUGAUUUCCUUACUUCAGAGGUAGUGGUUGUGUCUGGUUUGGUAAUGCAUUACAAAUAUCCUGCCGACGCACCCAGGAACAGGAAUGAGAUCCUACAAUACUCACAAGAGCUCUCAAUGGAUUCAAACACAAUGAAUGAAAUACUCCUACUGUCUGGGGGGAACAGAGUGGCUACUAACACUGGCAGAGUCCAGCGAUAUCCCAAUCAUCCAGAGAGAUUUGAUUGUUGGCCUCAGGUGUUGUGCAGAGAGAGUGUGUGUGGACGUGCCUACUGGGAGAUUGAGUGGAGUGGGAGUGCAGGCGUGGGUAUAUCGUUGUCCUAUAGGAGCAUCUGCAGGAAGGGAAGGGGUGAUGAGUGUAAAUUUGGGUGCAAUGAUCAGUCUAUGAAUUUGUACUGCUCUCCUUCCAAAUACAUAUUCUAGGACAAUAAUAAAAAGACUAAACUCUACGUAAACACUUCUAAAUUAAAGUCUUCUAGAUUAGGAGUGUAUGUGGAUUACAGUGCUGGAAUUGUGAACUACUUCAGCAUCUCUGACAAAAUGAAACUCAUCUACAUAUUCCAGGGCACAUUCACACAGCCGAUCUAUCCUGGGUUUAUGGUUUAUUUUGGAUCAGCAGUGAAAUUGUGUGAUCCAGCAAUGAACUGUAGAUGAUUCAGAGAUGUAAGAUUUCUUAUUUUUCUGUCAAUAAAUGUAUAUUAGUUCAGUGCCAUUAUUAA